UUCAAUGUACUAAAAUGACGUGUGAAGUAUGCAUCACCCACCAGACCACCGACCCUGAACUCCAGUCUUAUUUUGGUAAAUAACAUUCUUUGCGAAUUUACCGUUGACUGUUGGGACUUAACACCCAGGAAGGACGUUUAUGUUCACUUUUGGAGAAUGCUCCUCCUUUGAUGCCAAAAAAAGACGAUUCUUCUCGAGUUUUUUUCUGUCUCCAGUGGAAUGCGUUGACUGCUUAAUGUGUUGUAACACAUCUCAAAGAAAAGUUUGACGGGAAAAAAAACCACUAAACUCAAACGAUCCUCUAUAAGUAUAAAUCAAGCAUGGAGUGCGUCGCUCGCUACGAUUUCACAGCUGCCCGACCAGAUGAGCUGUCGUUCAGGGAACGAGAUGUUCUCAAGGUUAUUAUUGACCCCGAUAAGAACACGGAAGAUGAUUGGGCAACGGCUGAAUUGAAGGGCAAAGUAGGAUUGAUUCCCAAGAACUACAUCACCAGCCCGGAAUGGUUUUACAAAGGUCUGUCCAGAAACAGAGCUGAGGAGAUUCUGCAGGAUAACGAGCCCGACGGGGCUUUCCUCAUCAGAGAGAGCGAGAGCUCUCGGGGAGAUUUCUCUCUCUCGGUCAAGUUUGGGACUGGGGUGCAGCAUUUCAAAAUUCUGGUGGAUAAGGCCACCCGCCGUGUCUUUCUAUGGGAGAAGAAGUUCGACACCAUCAACCAGCUAGUCAACUUCUUCCGGAUGAACAGCGUCAGCAAGACAAACAACAAAGUGUUCCUCCGGGACAUGGGGAAAAAGAAAUCGGCCGUCAUGGACUCGAUACAAGGAGCUAGUGGUGCCAACGGAGUGACCAGCCCAUUUCAGCAGAAACAAAGUCCGUGGGGCAAGGUGACCCAACAUAAACCGAUGAAGCCUGCCGUGGAGCAGAAACCAAGGGUCAAAGCCAUGUAUGACUUUGAGCCCCAAGACAACAACGAGCUAGAACUACGAGCCGGGGACGUCGUGGAGGUACUGGACAAGUCGGAUCGCGAUUGGUGGUUUGGCAAACUCCGGACAAAGACGGGCCUCUUCCCGAGCACAUACGUUCAGGAACUUAAAUAACCUUGUUUUCAGGUAUUCUCAUCCUUCCAUCUCCCUUUUUCAACCCGGAAAAGUCAAAGGUCCAAUACAAAGAGCAUGUUUCUCCAGCUCGAUAAUAAAUUUGAUUUAUAUUUCUGAACUCACAUCAAAAAGGCACAUGGCUUUUAAAAAAAUUAAUUCACCUUAAUACAUGGUCAAACGACAAGGUUUUGGACUGCUUAGGUUACUCAUUUGUUUCAGAAGCUAAGAUUUGUUUUGACGUAAUACACACACACCUUUAGUAAAAAUGUCAAAUGCUAAUGUUGCUUCAGACUGAACGAAUACCAGUUGAUGAAGUUGCUAGUGUUAACAUUAGCAAUUCAGGAAAGUUGGUUUUGUGGAGAUUUCAUACCUGAGUUAUUUAGGAGAGUCAUGUGACUCAGGACCAUACUGCGUAUAUUUGUCCUUCGUUGUCAUGGUGGUUUGCAAAAAUAUAUCCUUUGGAUGUUUGAUGUAUGUUUUAUGUCGGUGUGUGGCCCUCAGAAACAUAGAAAUUCAUCAUUUAUUAGGAUUUUCAAAAGAGCUUUUAGUCCUUCCCAAAGUAUUCCAAUAUCAUUUCAAGGUAGCCUGGUGACUGAUGACUUUUACGCACUUUUUCCCUACUCAUGCACUGUACAAUUUUGGUUAGGCUUGGGAAGAACUGAAAAAAAUUAUACUUCGCACUAUUAAAUGGUUUUGAAUGUGUAACAAGAGUUUUUCUAUUCUUGAUAAGGUAGGCAUAUUACCACAGUGUGACAAAAACAAUUUUACUUGCCAUGAAUUUUGCUAUUUUUGUUUAAAAAAAAACUUUUUGUGAAAGGUUAUUGAUAAAAUA